AUGUAAUCUAUGUGUUUUUUUGCUAUUCCUUAAUUCCAUGUCUUAACAAGCUUAUUUUGCUUGAUUUAUUUUGCAAUUCAAUUAGAAAAGUAAAAAUUUCAUAUAUAAAAGUUAUUCUGAUGAGUUGCCCUCUUAAUUACUUUUAAUCAUACAAUUUUUAAUUUGUUAGAUUAUUUUAGGACUAGCAUUCAUCAGACUUAAAAGAAAAAUAAAGAAACCAUAUAUAAUUUGCUUAGUCUUUCUGUUUGUUGGCAUUUCACUUUAUUUAAUAAUAGUGAAUAUCAAAAGAGGAGACUGUUUGGUGCUAAUUAUAUUUGAAUUUUUAUCAAUUGGGAUGAUUUCCUCUUUGGUCUUAUUCUCAAAUAAGUUAAUUGGAAUAGCUAUUCAAAUUUAAAUAUACAUAAUUGCCAUAGGUAUAGAUCUAAUGUCUUUUUAUUUAUAGUAAUAAUUCAUUUUGAUUUAGUUAUUAUAUGGAUAACUUUAACUUAAACAGAUCGAUUUCGAUAUUAGGCUCUAGUGUAAUGGAGAUGAUUACUUUAAUAUUAUGCAUAAUAUGUCAACUAAAUCCAUAGAAAAGAUUUGCAAAUGAAGUACAUCUUGUUAUAGGAUUUUAUAUCUUUUGUGAACUUUUUGUUAGUUGCACUUUUGUUGCAGAAUGUGUAAAUGUAAAUAUACAAAUUCAAUUGUAUUAGUAAGGAAUUAAUAUUUACUUAAUUGGAUUAACCAUUUUGAAAAUAUCUAAUAUUUUCUUGGAUCUAAUACUUUAUUCCUUUGUGAAAUUGAACUACCCUGAAAAUUAAAUAAAAUCAGGAAGAGUCGAUAUUGAGAAUCCUCCAUAGAAUACAUAUAUAAAAAGUGUGGCAACUAGAGAGACAUUUAGUGAAGAUUAAAAUACUUUAAAGAAAAGUGUACAGGAACCAAUUCAUUUAAUAAGAGAGGCUUGUCCAUCGAUAUAAUGGAUCUAGUAUUUACUAAAAAUAUAUUGA